AUGACCUGUGAUGCUGGCCGGCCGUGUCAGCGAUGUAUCCAGCGGAAGCUCGACAAAACCUGUCAGGACGCUCCCCGGAAGCGGAAAAAGUACCUCAUCGAUGUCCCCACCGAGGCGAUCGACACCUAUGCCCCCGAUCAAGCCCCACCACCGUCAGAGUCCUUCUUCAGCAAGAGUCCUCGGGAAUCACUAUAUCCUCCUCCCCAGCAGCAGCAGAAGCAACAACAGCAGCCACCAAUGGCACCCACAGCGGCUCCAGACACCCAAUCGAUGCAGUCAGCCAAGUAUAAUCCGAUCACUGGCCGCGGAUCGCAAACAAACCAGUUCAUGUCUUCCGCCGUCGAUAUGGAGUACAGCACCCUUUCCAAUAUUCUCCAGGACAUCCCCUCUACCGACUCCAACCCCCAAUCACCGGCACUAUCACCAGCCACUGCUCGGAGCUAUUCUGGGUACUCCAUGGCCCCUUACCCCACAAAUAACCCGCGCCCGCCUGCGCCUCAACACCACCAUUCUUCAUCGCUGGCGUUGGCGGUACCGUUAUACGAUAAGCACUUUAAGUGUGACGAGCUGAUAAACCAGUAUUUCUUGGGCGAAUCGGCCGCGGAGCUGACGGCACCCGUUACUUUCCCCGACGUCAUUGCUGCCAUUGAUGCCAUGGCUCGCGCCGACCCUGCGGUGAUGAGAGAGCGAAAUAAUAAGCUGGCGCUUUCGUUUGCCGUCGGUAUAUGUCUGGAUGACCCCGAGACUUAUUAUAAACACCAGGUGUAUAAGGAGCCCGAGGAAAUCUAUCAGCAGGUGAAAAAGCCAUUUAGCUAUACUCCGGGUUACCACAUGUUGAUUGCCUACUUGCGCAACCGGUUCCCCAAACCGAUGUUGGUGAAAAUGGCAGAGCUGAUGGCGACGUAUAGACCGUCGUUUAUCGCCUGUACCAACUCCCUCAAGGAAGGUGACCUUAUCUUCAUGGAACAGUGCUUCCAGCGAACACUUCUAACCUACGACAGUUUCAUUCGUGUCAGUGGUACUCCGACAAUCGUGUGGCGACGCACGGGGGAGAUUGCCUACGUUGGCCACGAGUUUUGCAUUUUAACCGGGUGGAGCAAAGACGACUUAAUCGGGAAGAACCGCCGCAAGUUCAUUGUCGAGCUCCUCGACGAUAAGCUGGUGGUGGAGUACUUCCAGCUCUUUAGUCGUAUUGCCUUUGGCGACUUUUUGGGUGCUACCAUGACCGAGUGUACCCUUCUUACCCCGAAACCCGACGUCAAGAUCCGCAUGGGGUGUAUCUGGACGCUCAAGCGGGACGUGUUCGGUAUCCCCAUGAUGAUCAUCGGCAACUUCCUCCCCAUUCUCUAG